CUUGUCUGUUCCACGUUUCCGUUUGUAGGUGGCACUGUGGCGGACUGCGCUGCGGUAAACGGGCACCACAGAGGAAAAGCUGCAUUCUGUCUGUUCCUGGAGGAAAACAUCACUCAGACAGCUGCUGUCUGAGUGGCUGCAGAUUAGCUCCAGGACCCAGACGGUGUCAGUGGACCGAAGAAUUCAGGCUGGUCACCAUGGAAACGUAUCGUCGGCUACGUUAAAGCAUAACGGCAGGUUGAAGAUUCAACUGACAGAAAAAGGCGCCUAAAAGAGAAACACGCAGUUACUUUCAUGCCUCCAGUUUCAGAUGCCCACAGGAGAUCUCAGUUAUAUCUUCUCUGUUGUUUAGGUGAUGGAGUUUCCCCAGCAUUCCCAGCAGCUGCUGUCAGCUCUGCGGUCUCAGCGCCAGCGGGGUUUCCUCUGUGACUGUACUGUCCUGGUGGGCUCGUCCCGUUUCCUGGCUCACCGAGCUGUUUUGGCCUCCUGCUCGCCUUUCUUCCACAUGUUCUACUCAGACUCUCCAGGGGGGAACAGCGCCAGCAGCUCCGUCACACUCGACAGCGACAUUGUCACAUCUGCUGCAUUUGGCUUGCUCUUGGACUUUGUCUAUGAAGGUGUGCUGCAGCUGGAAGAGUCUCCUCCAGUGGAGGACAUAUUGGCAGCUGCCAGCUUUCUUCACAUGAAUGAAGUGGUGAGAGUGUGCAAGAGGCGGCUGCAGAGACGAGGGCCGGUGGCUGAGGCCGACAGCACGCGCUCUGAAGAGAGCGCUGGUUUGAGGAAGGCAAUGGAAAUGGAUAGGGAGGGUGGGGGUGGGGGUGGAGCUGACCCUAUGGUUGCAGUUGCAGGAGAUCAGUCAAAUCCAGCCAUAGCAACGCCACUGUUACCAGUUUCAGUAGAGAGGGGUCAGGUGGAGUCUGUGAAGUCAGAGCAGAGGACUGGCGGGGGGUCAUCACAGGUACGAGUCCAGACUCCUCUGAGCCCUGACCUCGCCGAUACCACCCAGCCGGGCAUGGACGUCCCUCCACUGCCCCCAAGCGGAGAACUCGUGCAGGGCCUCAUCGUAGGUCAGUCUGCUCCUGCCUCUGGAGGUCACGUCCGGAUGGGGACUGGAGGUCAGGGAGAUGGCUCAGCACUCUGCAGCCCCUGUAGCACCACUGAGAUGUACAGCCAAAACAGUAACCAGCAACCCACUUCCUCAUCUUCUUCCUCUCGGUUCCUGGUGAGCCAGGCUGGCGUUCGGCCAGUGGUUGCUCAUACCCAGUUAGAAUCCAGCUUGUCCCCCAGUGCACAUCUGGAUGAACCGCGAUUGCCUCGUGAGGAGUCUGUUCAAGAACCGUCAGAAACUGACCACAGAGGUACAAUAGACAGAGGACAACAGAUGGUUGUGUUAAUCCAAGCACCAACUCUAAACUCAGAUUUACAAACAAACGCAACGCAUUCAGAACUCCAGCAUGCACCUUCCCAAAUCCGAAUUCAGAGUGCUGUGUCACUCCAACGCCAGAGUUCAAACUUUCAUAGUGCUCCUCAGACCCAAACCCUUAAGGGACCUGUCAGGGACACCAGACCCUCAGCCACCACUAGAAAUGAAAGACCUCAUCCUCUUAUAGGCAGAGUGAGGACAGGCGAUGAUGGAGAGAAUGUGAAAGUAAAAAUGGAGGCCAUUGUAAUAUCUGACGAAGAGCUAGAGGACAAGAAAGAGGACAGCAGAGAGCGAGAGCCGGUGACGGAAGUGGACGACGAGUUUGAAGAUGACAUUCAGGAAGAGGAGCUAAACAGCCCUCAGUUUCUUUCUUCCCACUCACAGGGGCUCUUACAAAUGCCCUCCCAUUCAAAUGACUAUGCCUUCCCGCUCUCUCCCUCCUCCUCCUCUUCUGGCGCUGGACCUUCCUCACAGGACACUUCUUCCUUUGCCGCCUCCCUCAUUCCUCCAUCCACAUCUCAGCAGCAUCCAGACGCUCCAGCCUACUUCCAGGACUUCCAGGACUCAGUGGGGAACUUUGUAGAGGACGUACCGACAUGUGGGGUCUGUGGAAAGACUUUCUCAUGCACAUACACUCUAAGGCGCCACGCCAUCGUACACACCCGUGAACGCCCAUACGAGUGCCGCUACUGCUACCGAAGCUACACGCAAUCAGGCGACUUGUACAGACACAUUCGAAAAGCUCAUGACCACACUCUGCCCGCCAAACGCAGCAAAGCAGACAUGGAGCCCUCCCUGCCACCACAGCCACCUCCACCACCUCUUAGCUAGCACACCAGCAGACUCACCGUUCAAUCCUGUUCUUAAACACACAAUUCAUGAACUUUAAACUCUGAUUCUUCCUUUAAAUUUAAAUUGAAUUGGAUUACAAAAUAACAAACUGUCAUGAAAAACAUAAAGGUACCGGAAAAUUUACACUUUUAAGAAGCUGUAACAGGUUUUUAUUAUCAAAUGACUCUAAAUAGUGAAGUAAUUAUUAAAAUAGGUGCCCAUUGAUUGUUGCAGCUCUAUCAACUUUCUUUUGAUAGUUAUGGCCAACAUAUUUUACUGUCUUUAAAUCAUUUCAAGGAUAUCCACAGGUCUUUCUGAAUGUUUAUUUUGUGAAAUGAAUAGAUUUAUUUUAAUUUAUAUCAAUUCAUUUCAGCAGUUUUUACAUUAAUUCUGAUUUUAUUUAUGCAUUUUUAAGUUGUUUUUUUUCUCCAAAUAUGUGCACUACCCAAACCAAACUAAUAUUUACCUCAAUAGUUGUAUUUUUUACUUUCACGAUUCAUAUUUAAUACUUCAUACUUACAUAUGACACAUUUUAAAGCAUCAUCUUGUGAAAAAUGACCGCCAGUACUCUAAAGUGACUCACAGUUGCGACUAUUUGUGCCACCUGUUAGCUCAAACCUCAGUUUAUCUGUUCACUGUCUCUCUAUACAGUUGACACAGUAAACACCAGCCAUGUGGCAGUGAUGCAUCCAUCGAACUACAUGUAUGACCGUUGUCCAUUAGCACUCAAACUGAUUUUAAUAUCUUUGUCAUACUAACACAUUUGUGUAGACAUGAAAAUAGUCACACACAUUGUUGUAAGAGGGGAUGAUUCAGGAGAUGUAUUAUAAUGUUUCAAAGACAUCUUACACCAAGUGUUUGUUGUAUUAACUCGAGGGACAAAUAAGGGAAAGCUGUUGUUUUCAUUUUUCAUGUUAAAACUGUAAAUUGUAUGUCUGCCCUUUCAAUGUGACUGUGCCAGAAAAGUUUGACUGAUUGUAAUCGCAGCAGCAUCGUGUUAUAUUUACAGGAUGAAACCAACAGAGCUGUUCACAUAGAAGCAAAUACCUGCAGGUUUUCAUGUUAGACUUAGUUUUGUGCCAUUUUAUAACUGAUCAUUAAGUCUAUAAUCAGAUCUAUAAUCAGUUUUGACCACUUCAUUAGUAGAUUUACCUGAUGAAGUUGGAGACGAGAUGUGCCAUACAGUCUUUUCUUCCUUUCUUCCUUCAUCUACUGUGCUGUGAAAAGCCUAAUAUGGGCAGAAUGAGGCACCUCAGCCAGAAAUAUGAGUUGCAACUGAUUGAAUUUACUGAAUAAUACAAGAAGGUGUUUUAUCUAAAGUUGACUGGACAAUCUCUUACCAUUAAGACUGCUGCACCACAAAUGACCAUAAAUGUGUUUACAUCCAGUGGCCUGUACAGGUUCAUACACAGUAGCUCUCUGUAAGUUAAGUUGGGUUGUAGUAGCAUUGUGCUUGUCCUGUCUAAAAUUCUGAUUUUGCCACUCGCUAUAUAGACUUUGCUUCUCAUUCUCAGUCAGGCUCAAUUAGCAAUUGAUGGGGGUGGAAAAUGGGUUUUAUUGUUCCUUAACUUCUCACCUACAUUCUCUGGUAGAUUAACAGAUGAUGUGAAGGAGGAGGAAUGAUUAAGUCUACAGAAGGAUCAACCUUCUAUAGUUCAACAUAAGAGUACGAGCACAUUUUAACAUAUGCAGUUUUCUACCUUGUCUUUAAAUGUCUACAUUUAAAUUAUAAAUGUGCCUAAAUGACUGUUUGACACUUUGGAAUUUCUUGUUCUGCACCAUUUUCCCUGUUUUGGGACAGUUUCUGUAUGAUUACAAAUUCAGAUUUGUUGGUAGUGCCAUAAACAUCCAAGAGUUUUAAAUGGAUACUCAGAAGGGACAGUUAAAUCUGUAAUUAUUUAGAGGGUUUUAUAGUAGCCAGAAUCUAAAUGUUACCUUGUUUAUAAACACUGCCCAGUAGAAACAUGAAACAGUGAAAUAUGGUCAUUUUUGAGUAAAUGCACAGUUUAAUCAGUCAGUGUUAUCUUAUGUUUUUCUUUAUUUCACUACAAAAAAAACAUAUACAAAAAAUAUAAACAUUAUUUACGUCACUUAAUGAACAGGUUUGUAUUUCAAAAGGUUUUUACAGCUGUUAGGUCAGUAACCAGCAAACUGUACAUUUCAUUUGUAACACGCUGAGGUUUAAAAUGCUGAGGAGACAGCAGUUCAUCACCUCUUUCCAGAAACUCUGUCUCUUCAGUCUUCUACUGGCCCGUGGAUCUGUGAGGGAACAAAAUGUCAGCAUCCACCUGCCUCUGUGUCUUUGUAUUUAAACCAAAUGAUAUUCUAAUGAAAUAUUGUUGUCAGUGUUACCAUUUUUGUCAGUUUUGAAAAGAGACAAUAAAACACACCGUUUCAACAGAA